CUUGCUCAAAUCUUGCAUAUUUUGCUAGUUCUUGUUUUGAGUGGCGCAGCGGAAGCAUAGUAAGCCAUGUCUGUUCAUAGAAAGUUAGUGGGGCAUUUGCCUUGGAUUGUGUGAAGCCAUUCACCACUUGAUAUGGUCCUCAAUUUGAGUUUUGGGGACAAAACUCCUUUUUAGGAGGGGUGAGUGUAAUAUCCCAAAUUUUCGGGAAUAUUUAAGUGUAAGUUAGGGACUUGAUUGUGAGAAAAUAUUGUUUUGGGCCUAAUAGCCAACAUUCCCAAACUUGAGGGACUUAAAAGAGGAGAAUUUGGAUAAGGAUGGCUUAUUUCUUUUCUCCCUUUUCCUCUUUCUUCUCCAGCCCGUUUCUGCUCUUGUCUUCUCGCUGCAACCAGAGAGGAAAACAAAGAAAGGGAACCCAGCCAACCUUUGAGAAACUAGUGAGAAAGCUUGGAGAUUUCUCCUUCCUUCUUGCUCUAGAACACACCUAGAACCCAGAAAUCUUCCCUCCCCUACUGGAAAAAUCCGGAUCUACUGCUGCUCUGCUCCUCACCGCCGGCUGUUCCUUGCUUGUGGGUGCGAAUUGUCUUGAUUUUCUAGUAAGAAACAGCCAUUAAUCGA